AUGGACCCAGGCCCACUCCGUUUCCUCCGUUGCCGGCUGCUUUCUGAAGAACCGACUGCGCUCAUUUGCGGAUUGGUUGCCGAGGGUAUCGUGCCUGUCCCAGCGCAGUUGCGGGACUCCGUCGUCGCCUUUCUCACUCACGCAACAGAAAAAAAAGCCGAUAUCAGCAAGCAACCCCUUCAAACCAUCUUGGAUUCAUACAGGGCCGCAGAGAGUACAUCGUUGCAGCUACGUAAUAAGCUGAGAGAUGAAAUUGCCAAGCUGAUCCAGCUAGCACGCCUCGUGGACGAACCCGAAGACAUUGGCGCACUUUUAGCGCUAAAUUUCGAGUCAGCGUACGCUAUUGCCCGGAUUCCCAAGCAGCAAUUUGUGUCCCGGGCUGCGAGCCAGAUCGACCGCUCGACGGCGGAAACUAUAUGGGCCCGGUCCAAAGCCUUUGUGCUCCGCAACCAAGAAGCCUGGAUAGAAGGCCUCCGCUUGAAAAACGAAGCGCCGCUUGCUGGCACUUCACGAAGGUUACUACAGCCCCAUCCGCGGCUACCAGCUACGACGGCCAGUCUUCCCCUACUCUUCCCGGAUCUGGCACAGAUAACAGAGUGUGCAGAGUGCUCUUCAGUCACCAGCCCGGCUGCGUAUUAUGUCGAUCUCCUGAACCAGCUCAGCAAAAGACCAGCCCAGGUAACAUCCGAGACCCCCACCUUGCUGGACAAGCUUUUCGAGAGGCGGCCCGACCUGGGUGAUCUGGUGCUCUCUUGUGUCAAUACAACGUCGCUGAUUCCCCUGGUCGACCUUGCCAACGAAGCCUUGGAAUCUAUCGUGGCUCAUAGCGCGGCCCAGGUCUCGGACGUGUACAGUUCCGCCGAAGAAGUGGACGACAGCUCAUCCAAAAGCCCAGAAAACAUCAAGCUAGCUGUUUAUGAGCACUUUAUUCAACCCAUGGUCUUCCCCCUCGGGGUGUUUCCAUACAAUCUGGGCGUGGACUGGGUCCGGCUGUACCUGGCAGCCCUCGGUUCUUCAAGAAACGAGCUGCUGACCAUCUUCCGUGCACCGUACCGUCUUCUCCCCGCCUCCAAGGCACAGGAUUCCCGAGUCCUGCAAAUGGCACAGGCUGUCUUGGACCGAUCCAUAUCGGCGGAGUACCUGGCGCUUCAGUGCGAGGACUACAUGGCCAUUGUCCACGAAGCUUUCCACACCCGGGAAUUUCUCGACGCAGUCACUGACACGGAUCCGCCCAGCAGCGUAGAGAGUUACUGCCGAGCCGUUGGUGUCAAGGAUACUUGCGAGUACUGGGGCUACGCUGAUACAAAUACCAUGCUUGGCGAAUCGAAGGGCCUGACAUGUGUGCAGGAUCAGUUUCUGCCCCGCUCGGAACUCUCGUUCAAGGAGUUGCUCGCGCUCCUAAAGACACGCUAUGUGGGCCGGCGACUUGCAAUUAUGUCGACUGCAACUGGGAAGAGCCAAUUCUCUGGAGAUGUGGGAGAGAUGCGAUUACGACGCUAUCCUCCCGACACGUCCUCGAGUUCAGCCCUCCUAAAGGAGGAUUGCGAUGAGUUACAAGCAUUCAUCCGGCUUUGGCGAAAGUUGGGUUGGUCCCUGAGCGACACGGAUGCCGCGGUGGUCAUUCUGGCCGGCACAAGAACUACUGGGGUAGAUGCGCAAAUCAUCGACGGUCUGGCCGAGAUCAAGCGCCUUUCUUCCAUGACGAGGUUGCCGGUAAGGGAUCUCCUUCCGCUAUGGGGCGACAUGGACCCCACUACCGACUCUUCGGUCUAUGUUCGCCUCUUCCUGCGACCCAUGGUGGUGCAAGAAGAUGCUGUCUUCGUCGCCGACAGCAGUGGCCGGUACCUCGCCACACCUGACCUCAAGAUCUCGGACCACCAUCGUAUCAUCCAGUCUACAAUCGGCAUAGCUGCGGCUGAUCUCAUUGCCAUCACAGCAACCGCGGACUGGAUGCAGGAUAGGCUCACUCUCCAGAGCAUAUCUUACAUAUACCGCGUGGCAACGCUAUGCCGCAUGCUGGACCUGCCACCCGUCCUGUACCCGCGGUUUCUGGCCCUGCUUCCGGUGGGCGGCUCUGAUGUCUUUUCGGACCCUAGACAUACCCGUCUUGUUGUUGACCAGUUCCUGGAGCUCAGACGACAAGGCUGGAGCAUGACCAAGCUCCUCUUUGUCGUGAGCAACAUAAUGACAGCGACCGGGAUGCCGUCGACCUUCGAAGUCAAGGACGCCGUUGAGACCACCGCCGAUAUAGUCCGAGAGAACCAGGCUGCGAUGAUGGAUGCUGAUACUUCAGGGAGGGCGAACCAUGAUACUACCUCUACCGAAGAUAUGCGGCGCCCAACUCGAGAAGCAGUUGCCCGGGUUUCCGCGUCACUUUUCGGGCAUGAAAUUGGAAGCGAGGUGGAACGAUUCAUUGAAGGUAGUGGCCCAUGGUUGCGAUUUCAGGCAUCGAGCUUCAUUGAUGAAUAUUCCAUCUGGCUUACCACCGAAGUCCUGGUUAGACUGUCAAGGGCGGCAAUAUGCAUGAGCCUGUCUCGGCUCAGCCGCGAGGAAGUCAUAUAUUUCCAGAGCCUCUCCUCCUUCGACUUCGGCUGCAUGAGCCUUGACAACAUCAGCUUGCUCAGCAGCUACACCAACCUGCGCGAUUCCUUACCGAAGCCGACGGGCAAGAAUGCACUAGACUUCCCUUUAAUCAAUUUCUGGAAGGGACUCGCGAAUUGGGAUUCCUCUCGGAGCCUAGCCCAGGAAAUCGUUUCGGCGACGGGAUGGCAAGAGGGCCUGAUCCGGCAGAUCCUGGAUGCCAAGUACAACAACAUUCACAUAGCAGAUCGCGCUGCUCUAUUUCGAGAUCCACAGGCCCUGCGCGAAUUGCGAGACGCCAUCGCCUUUAUGGCGAGGCUCCAACUCCCUGGUGUGUCAGUCAUGCUGCUGUUCUCUCUUGCCGAACCGGUGUGUCCCCCAGAUCGCGAGGGUCUGGGCUUCCAGGACGCGGCGAGCCUCCGCCUUGCACUGGCGCCUCGCUCAAAUAGCCUCGGAGACAAAUAUCUAGGGGCCGAGAACAGCUCUAGGACGAACAGGCGAGACGCCCUAGUCCAGUUCCUACUACAACAAGACUACAUCAGAGAUCUACAUUUGCAUGACGCUGAUGGAAUUUCCGAGUAUUUCCUCCUUGAUGUGGAGGCCGGUCCGGCAAUGUGCACUUCGCGGAUCAAGCAGGCGAUAUCCACAGUUCAAGUCUUCAUGCAGCGAUGCGUCCUAGGCCUGGAGCGAGGGGCGGCAAUCGACAGCCACGCCAUCAGUCGCGAAGACUUUGACUAUCUCAAGAGAUACCGGUUGUGGGAGGCCAACCGAAAGGCGUUCCUGUACCCGGAAUCCUGGAUCGACCCAACGCUUCGUGACGACAAGAGCGACCAGUUCCGGGCGCUCGAGUCGGCGUUGAGCCAAGGCACCCUGAGCGAGGAAAUGGUAGCAAACACGGUACGGGACUAUGUCUACGCGAUGCACGGAGUCGGCGAUCUCGAGAUCCAAUCGUACCUCUGGGACCGCUACCAGCCCAACAGCAGCGACGGCGAGAAAACGCGCCUGCACGUGUUUGCUCGUACCCGCUCGAGCCCUUGGCAGUACUACUACCGCCCAGUGAGUCUGUUGCGGCCCAAGGGCAGUAGCCCAGCCGUGGCGUUCUGGCAGCCCUGGGAAAAGAUGGCCGUAGACAUACAGACGCAUGAACUGGAAGGGAGUGUUUUCAACAAGAUGACCAACUCGGGCUGCUACAUAGUUCCCGCCGUCCAGAGUGGUCGCCUCUUCUGCUUCCUGCCGCAGUUCUGCCUCGUCAGUCCUGUGACUCCUGUGGACACCGCAGGGAGCAAGUCCACAUUUAGGGACAUGGCAGACCAGAGCGUGUCCAACACCCCGCAGAACAAGCGAUGGGAGGUGCGGAUGGGCUGGACUGAGUAUCGAUGCGGCAAGUGGACGCCAAAAUGUCUUUCAGACGAGGUCCUGCGGAUCGAUGGACUCGUGGACGACUAUAAACCACCUUCGCCGUAUUUGGAUAGCGAUCGCUCUAUUAACGACACGUUUGAGCAGAAUGUUUGUGGUGAAUUGGAAAAGAGGCUCCCACGGAUCGAAACCUUCAAAUUCUGGGUCUCUAGCCGGGCCGUCAGCGGAUCACCAGACGUGCUUGUCAUCAACAUGGAACGUUGGCUUGGGCCGGUGAAUCCUAGAAUGCCGGUAUACCAGAACAAGUACAACAGGUUUUUCGCGUAUAAUGUGGCACAGUACGAAUGGCGGGACGAGCGGCUCGUGCUCGCGGCCACGCCGACGAAUAAUUGGCGGUAUGCUAAUACGAUGCCGACCAACUUCAUGAGGAUGUCAUGGUGGGUGCCGCCGAAUGUCAGCAGCUCGAAUUACCAACCUUUCCCGCAAAACACUCUGGCCAACUACAAUCAGACUCCAGUAGCGCCUCUUUUGGCCCGGCUAGCUAAACCAAGCGUGGAAUCCAAUUUCAACUUCACCAUGUCCUUCAACACGAACUCGGUUGGGACAUCAACAGCCUCUGGCUUUAUAGUCGAUGUGUUAACCGCUGACGGCGUCAGCUGCGUGCUGGGCUACCCGCCCUCACUUCCUCCUCCUUUAGAGGAGUAUGAUGUGUGGAAGUUCUACAAUGUGGCGGCACCCACGCUCAUACAGGCCGCUAGCGGUGGUAUGGAGUCCAUCUUCAAUACCCUUUCCGCCCUGCCCUCGGCUCUGUAUCCGGACGCGUUCGGAACGCGACAGAGAGCUAUCCCACACGAACUCGCCACUUCCCAUUCUCUAUAUACAUGGGAGCUGGGAUUGCACGUUGUCUGUCUCUUGACAGAAAGGUUGUUGUCCACUGGUCAGCUUGAGCUUGCCCUUGGGAUUGCUCGCUUGGUCUUCGACCCAGCGGCUGGAACCCCUGAAACAAACGUCAACAAAUGCUGGAAGUUCCUGCCUUUCCAGAACCCCGCCAUGGUGACGUGGCGCCCCGAGACAAACGCCGCGAGCACCGAGGGCAGGAUUGACUUCUACGAAUGGGACUCGAAUCGCGCCAGUGUGCACGCUGCGGCACGCGUACGACCGGUCGCCUACAUGAAGAGGAUGGUGCUGAAGUACGCCGAGAUUCUCAUCGCGCUAGGGGACGAGCUGUUUCGCCAGAACACGCUCGAGACAAUCCCGCUUGCCAUGCAGCAAUACAUGGAGGCAGCACAUCUCUUUGGACCACCACCGGUUGUUGUGCCCAGUCUGGGAAAACGCAACGCGUGGUCCUACAGGGACCUCGUCAGCAAAGCCGGGCUUGACGCCUUCUCCAACGCAUCGGUCAAGCUGCAGAUGGAGUAUCCCUUCCGAACCGAUGUUGGGGGCGACAACACCGCCGCGGCCGAGCCGAUCCCUUUUAUCCAGACGGGCUACUUUUGCAUUCCAGCGAAUCCCCAGGUGGCUGCCCUGCGCGCCCUCCUGAAUGACCGCUUGUACAAGUGCCGUAAUUCUCUCGAUAUCAACGGCCGUCCGCAGAGGCUCGCACUGUUCGAGCCGGCCCUUGACCCGGGGAUGGUUGUCACGGCCGCCGCGUCAGGGGUCUCACCCUCCGCCAUAGUAAGCGACCUGGGGGCGCCGAUGCCUCGACACCGCUUUACAGCCCUACUGAGCCGCGCUCUGGAGCUGUGUCACGAACUCCGGGAAAUGGAUGCCCGGGCCCUGAACGUGCGCGAAAGGAAGGACGCAGAAGCGCUGGCGACGCUGCAAGCGAAGCACAGCUCGGCCGUGCUCGGACUUGUCAUGGAUGUCAAGCAGUCGCAGAAGGCGGAAGCGCUAGCCGCCAUCGAGACGCUCGAAGAGACCCGGCGGGCACAUAGUGCCCGGCUUUCCUUCUAUCUCUCUCUCACGGGUGAUUCGAUGCCGGCCCUAACCAACGACGGCGACUGGCAGGAGAUCCCACAGACGGUCGGGCAGCCCGGCAACGACGAGCUCCGCGCUGGCCCAAGCGAGCAGGAGGAGUACGCCCAGGCACAGAAGCUCCUCGACCUCGGCAAGAACAAAAACUUGCAAGAGCUGCUGGCAGCCAUACUCGACGCUGUUCCAGCUUUCUAUUUCAACUUCGAGCCGUGGGGCGUGGGGACUACCAUGGAGUUCGGAGGUCCCCUCCUCGCACGUAUCGCACGCAUCCAUUUGGCGCAGGUCGGCCACGACGAGCAGGCGGCGUUGAACGAGAGCAGACUAGCGGGCCUGAAAGCCCAUCUACAGUAUCGACUGCAGGAGCACCGGGAGCUAGCGAACCAGGCGGGCCGGGAGAUUAAGAUUGUUGACCGUAUGAUCGAGGCUGCGAAGGCACAUGUGGCGUCGUGUGAGAAGGCAAUCCGAGAACAGCAGCAACGGCUGGAUGCGGCGGCCGAGAUGGAGGAGUGGCUGCGGUCAAAAUACACAAACAAGCAGUUGUACGCCUGGAUGGACAAGCAAUACGGCAUGUUCCUGCAGCAUGCCUAUUCGCUUGCGAGCGACAUGGCCAGACAGGCCGAGAGGGCCUUUGCCUUUGAGCGCCCCACCGAGAGCGCUAGGCACUUGGUCACGGGCGGGAGCGGCUACUGGAACAGCGCCAGAGACGGAAUGCUGAGUGGUGAGAAUCUGUGGAUCGACCUCAAGAAGAUGGAAUCGACCUACUUGAACACAAGAGGGCACGACUUCGAGGUCGUAAAGGCCGUGUCUCUGAGGCAGCUUGACCCCCUGGGACUGCUCCUGCUCCGGGAAACUGGCCACGUCGAGUUUUCUUUGCCAGAGUUCCUCUUCGACAUUGAUUUUCCUGGGCAUUACUGCAGACGAAUCGUGUCGGUGUCGUUGACUAUCCCCUGCAUCAUCAGCCCCUACACAAGCCAGAACUGCACCCUCCGCCUCCUCCGACACGUAUACCGCAUCCGAGCCGAUGCCGGCGAGUCCGCAGCAACCUACCCCGAAGACCCCCUGGGAGACACCCGCUUUCGCACCGACAACAUCCCCAUCACAGCCAUCGCCAUAGACAGCCCGUCGUCGAACCCCCGGGCCGCAGCAGCGUCCCUCUCUUUCGGCUUCCCCCCGGGAGGAGAGAGCUGCUACUCCCCCUUCGAAGGGGCCGGCGCCAUCUCCACCUGGCAGAUUGACCUGCCGCCCGAGCUGCGGCCGUUUGACUACCGCACCAUCAGCGACGCGGUCCUGCACCUGCGGUACACGGCCCGCGACGGAGGCGCCGCCUUUCGCCAGACGGCCAGCGAGGCAACGUUUGCGGCGCUACAGCAGCAGCAGCAAGCCUCCCGCCCGAGUCCUCUUUCGCUGCUGAUCAACGCCCAGAGCGACUUCGCCACAGGCUGGGCCGGCUUCCAAGCUGCCGUGCGGGAAGGGCGCGAUGCGCGGCUACACCUGUCUGGCGUGGAGGGCUUCUUGCCCUUCUGGACGCAGCGGAUGAUUGCGAUGGUGGAGAGCAUCUUUGUCGUGUUCUUCCCAGAUCCGUCCGCGGAGGGGGUUGAUACGGCUGGCUUUGCGAUUGACGAGUAUCCUGGGCUAACGUGGACGAAGGCGCCCAGUGCGGCCGUCGGCGGAAACGCGUUGGUACUUGAAGCGAGCACUGUGAAUCAGCAGUUGGUAUCGGACUGGCAUGUAACGCUUCCUAGCAGUGGGAGAGCGGCUACGGUUGAUUCAAUGUGGUUUCUAGUUCGGUAUUCCGUGAAUCGAGCGGCUGGGUAG